AUGCGACUGGAAUCUCAGCUUCAAGAGGUUGACGAUGCGACAGCCGAGGUCUCGCCGCCCACUUCGACCUUGCGCUCAGACGAUGAGCCUCCCCAGGACCUAAUUCGAGUUGGGGACGAGGGUCAUGCUCAUUUCAUCGGAGCUUCAAGUGGAAUGUACUUGGUUCGAUCAGUUCUCGAGUCUGCUCAACAAAACUAUCCAGACUUCGAAUCACCAUCCGAGGCGACAGAAGCUCGAGCCGGACCAAAGGAGCCCACUACUAGCAGUGCCAGAAUUGCCUUACCAUCACGAGAGACGGCUAAUAGUCUCAUUGACACGUUCUUCAGCCAAUAUCAGGUUCAGUAUCCCAUUCUUGACCAGCAGGAAUUCAGCAAGGCCGUGACAGAAUUCUAUGCUCGUCAUAACGAUGGUGAUGGCCAAAAUCGGCCAGCAUCUGGCGAGGUGUGGACUCGAUUCAUGCUUAACAUGGUGCUUGCCAUCUCUCUCAUGUUCAUGUCCAACGAUCAUAAUGAGAGCACGACAUUAUCGAAAGGCUUCACUGCCAACGCCAUGGCGGACAUCGGCCUGAUUAUGCAGACAAAAAAUGUCAAGUCAGUUCAAUGCCUUCUACUGUUGUUGCUUCUCUCGAUCCUCGACUCAUCCUCUGCGCCGGUUUGGUAUAUCUCAGGUCUUUGCAUGCGGAUGUGCAUUGAUCUCGGAUAUCACUCAGAAACCACAAUCGCUAUUUCUUCAACUGGUGACGACGCAGAAGUUGAGAGGAUAAGUGAAGCAGAUACGAAGCGAAGACUAUUCUGGGUAACGUACAGUUUUGAUCGGACACUCAAUAUUCUUCUUGGUCGGCCCUUCACUUUUGACGACUUUACUGUCGACAUUCAUCUGCCGAGACAUUCGCUAGUACCUAGUAAGCGACCACAGAUACUGCACUGGCUUGAACUGCAACGACUCGAAAGUGAGAUCGUACACAAGCUACAUGCAGUACGGCGAGACGAUACAAGCACUGGCGAACAGGACACAGACCUUACCCAGUGGACUAAGGAGAUGGCUGAGCGGUUGAAAAGCUGGAACUCAGUAGCCCUGACUCUCACUGACUCCGAUGGUCAUAACGUCAACUGGUGGGGCUACUGGUAUCGUACAGCGCUGCUCAUCCUCUACAGACCAUCUCCAUCUCGUCCAACCCUCAGUACUACUGACACGCUGUCAUGCUACGAAGCUGCCAAGGACCUUAUUCAGCUCUCAUAUCUUCGUAUCAGCGAAGGUUUAAUGGACUUCACCUGGAUAGACCUACAUUUCCAAUUCAUGAGCGGAGUUACUCUCGUAUUUAUCGUCUGGAAGAAUACUCAGGCGCGAAUCAAGGCAAAGGGUGACUGGGUCUCAUUCAAGAGCUGCUUGUUUCAAUGGAAGAGUAUACUUGAGAAACUUGGAGCGCGAUGGGAAAGAAUUGCACGAGCGCGUGAAGCACUAUCCAAAUUAGCUGAUGCUACUAUCGAUCUGGUCGAGAAGGAUAUGAUGCGGUCAGCAGGGGGAAGCCAACGACUACCAAUACACCACAACUCGGAGGAAUCUCGGCGGGAUCGGAGGCGUUCUAUCAUACAACAGCUCCGGAGACAGGAUUCUGAUGGCGUGUCACAACGGAGUCUGGCUGCUGUUGGAGGCGAGACAGAUAUGCAUGACACAAGUCCUCGAAACAUUAAUCUGGAAUCGGGUAACAGAGCAAUGAUUCAGGUCUAUGGACCUACUAUAGACGCCGAGACUCAACGACGAUCAGUAGCUGAUACAGCUGGAUACGGAACGCAAUCCGCGGGCGAAAAUUGGACAGCUUUUGGGACGUCAACAAAUACUCAACAAGGACUCUUUGGCAACGGGCAGAGUCACAACACUAUAUCAUCAAUGAUGCCAGAAGAUACGUGGCCACUCUUUGAUCUUUCAGAUGUAACUGUCGCACCCGAUGAGCUCAACUUCUGGGCAUACUUGUCGGCCCCAAUGCUCGGUGUAGAGGAUAUGUCGACGUCCCAGUUCAACGCUACGGGAAGGCCAGAUGAUUCUUUCACGAAUAGCAUUCUGAACUUUCACGGAGACUUUAGUAAUAUCACUCCUGAGAUGCCAGUUGAGUAUCCAGAGGACGGAGACUAUGGGUAUAACGCUGGGCAGUAA